AUGAGUAGAAGAAAGAGACUCACGCCUCAAGAGUUGGAGAGACUUUGCAGCUACGCAACUCCUGCCGGUCGAUGUCCCUACUCGAGGGUGACCUUAACGAGAGAUGGAAACCGCUAUCCUUCUCGAUUCUGCAAACUCCACUGCUGCAAGAAGAUUGAUACUAACAACGCUGCGUGUUUGAAUAUGAGAACCAACAACAAGGGAUAUUGUCAACAACAUCUCCUCUGCCAAGGCAUGAUGAACGAUGGUAGAUGCAACAACUACAUCAAGAACUACGAUCCCAAAGAAUUCAGGUUCUGCUCACAGUACCACAACUGCAUCCAACAAGGCUGCGCAAACCAACGCAACCACCCCAACGGCACCGACUACAGAUACUGCCCAGACCACCGCUGCGACCACCAAGACUGCACGAACCCCAAAUCCCCGCCCUCCUCCUUCUGCGCCUCCCACACCUGCGCCGCGCCCUCCUGCCUAGCUCGCUGCCCCGGCGCCACAGGCGACGCCCACGAUCCGUCCCGCCACUGCGAUCGCCACCGCAUGUGCGCCACCGCCGGGUGCCGGCGCUUCGCACACGUCAACGAGCACGGCGUCCCUUCGGCCCACUGCGGCGAGCACCACUGCCGCUUCGACCAGCAGCCGCCGUGUAACAACGGACGGGUGGCGGGCACCGAGGGUACGUGCGUAACGCAUACAUGUGAGGACAGGGGCUGUGGCAGGGUCAAGACGGCGCAUAUGGCGGACGCGGGGGGCGCGGCGGGACGGUAUUGUAAGAGGCAUGAGUGUGAUAGGGAGGGGUGCUGGGAGAGGCGGUGGUUGGGGAAUUGGUGUGUGAGGCAUACGUGUGCUCGACGUGAUUGUGAGAGGGAAGGGGGGAUUGGGGAUUUCUGUGAUCGGCAUAGGAUUUGUGGCACGCCUGGAUGUGAGCGGUUUCGACAUUUCGAUGGGGAGAAUGUGAGGGAUACGUGUGAAGAGCGUGAG